AUGGGCCACGGAAAUUCAGACAAACUAUAUAUCACCCACGCUGAACACGCUGGUCUCCAUGGUUCUCAUUCCUCAUCUACAGGAUACAAAGCUAAGGCCGAAGCUCCUCAUCCCGGUGCCAGAACGCCAUUUGACUGUUGUGCCCUGUCCUUUCAACCGUUCACGCACCCAGUUUGCGCAAGGAAUACCGACGGCACUGGUAUUGUAUUCGACUUGGUCAAUAUCAUACCCUGGCUGAAACAACACAACAAUACUAAUCCAAUUACCAAGGAGCCCUUAGCACCUACAGAUUUGAUUACCCUUCACUAUUCUCGAAAGGAGGCCACAGGAGAAAUUCAUGAUCCAAUAUCGUUCAAGCCAUUUAGUGAACACUCACACAUUGUCGCAAUCGCAACUACUGGGAACGUAUUUCUUGCGGAGAGUAUCAAAGGAGGAAGGGAUCUAGUAGAAGAUGUGCCUUUCAAAAAGGGAGACGUCAUUACUCUCCAAAAUCCUCAUGGCAUGCCAACUGCAUCGGCACCGAAUGUUGUGGUACCUGAAAAGGUCAAGAAAGAACAAACCCCAAAUAGCGACCCAGUUCCAGUCGUAAAGGCAUUGAAGGCAAAGGAGCCUGUUCCUUGGAAUAUAUCUCCUUAUUCGAGCGGCUUGGCUGGCGCAUCUUUGACGUCAACGUCAGUAGAUAUAUCGCAAGGUUCUAGUUCAAAACUUCUCUGGGACGAAGAAGAAAUGAUGUUUGAAGAUAUUUCCAAACCUCUUAAAGGGAAGGGGAAAGAAAAGGAUGUUGGUAAACGGCGUGCAUAUGUGCGUGUCGUCACCAGUUUGGGGGGCGCCAGCUUGAAUUUGGAAUUAUACUGCGAAAAGGCGCCCAAAACAUGCUACAAUUUUUUGAUGCUCUCGAGAGCUGGAAAAUACAACAACUGCCUAUUUCACCGGCUUGUCCCUGGUUUUAUGAUACAAACAGGAGAUCCAACUGGAACUGGAGCUGGAGGAGAGUCAUACUGGGGCACUCCCUUCAGAGAUGAAUUGGAUAUGAAAGGUGCCGCGAAGCAUGAUGGUCGUGGGACCUUGGCUAUGGCUAACAAAGGUGCAAAUACUAAUGGAUCACAGUUUUACUUAACUUUUAAGUCUGCCCCUCAUCUGGAUAAAAAGCAUACCGUUUUUGGUAAACUCGUAGGCGGAGAAGAUGUGUUGGAUGCCCUUGAGAAUCUUCCAGUAAAACCUGGCACGGAUCGGCCUGCGAAAUCUGUCCGCAUCACCGAAGUCAUCAUAUACCAAGAUCCCUUCGAAGAAUAUAAAACGCGUCUAGCAAAGAAAUUGGCAAAGAGAGCCGAAAGCACAAAACCUGGAAUUACUUCGCCAUCAGACACAAAGGAAGAUGUUAAUUGGUUUGGGACCAAAAUAGGUUCAGAUGGAAACACUCUUGACUUUGGAGGGAAUUCAGGAGCUGGAUCAGGAGUUGGCAAGUAUCUCAAUCUGAAAAGACCUCCAUCUGCAGUGAUCACUUCUCGCGAUGAAGAUUCGAAAAAGAAGCGGAAAAUAGGUUUCGGAGAUUUUGAGGGUUGGUGA